CUCUGCUAAUGCAGGAAAGGAAGGAAAUGCAAAACAUAGUAUAAAAGAUAUUGUACAGAUCGAUACUGACUAUUAAACUGACCCUGAUUAUUUUCUAUUAUCACUGUGUUUGGUCUAAUUAUGAAGAGCACUAUAAAGAUGAUGAAACAAUAUGUGGCAAAGACAAGCCAAACCAGUAAGACACAAUUUGAAAAGAAGUAAUGGCUCACAAUAAAGGCGUGCAAGGUUGCAAGUGGUACCAUGGUGCUAUAAAUAGAAUGGUUGCUGAAGCUUUAUUGAUUGAGGAUUCACGCGAUGGAAGCUUUCUCGUUCGCGAUAGUGAAAAUAUCAAAGGUGCUUUUGCAUUGUCUGUCCUCCAUGAUCAUCGUAUUUCACAGUAUAGAAUUAUUCCUGCCCCUGAAGGACCAGGCUUCUUAAUGAAGUCUUCUGAAGGAAUAAAGCAGCACAGGUUUUCAAACCUUGUUGAGUUGAUAAACAGCUACAAAAUCGCAACCAAUGGGCUCGUCUGCACUUUGAAACACCCAGUAGAGGCUAAGAAACAAAUAGAAGAGGAUGCUGAGACAGAUGACGAUGAUGAUGAUGAGCAUUUGGACCAUGUCAGCCAGUUCCUGGAAAGCCAGAUAGAAAACAUGAACCAAGUUGGGCUGGAGAGAGACUUCUUGGAGGCCCUGAGGAACUAUGCAGUCAAGGGUAGUGUCCAAGAUGCUGAAGCUGUAAAAUCAGGUAGCUCUUCAUUGCCACAACUCACUCAGCUGUUACAUGCAACAAGCAAAGAUUUUGUUAAGCAGCUGGAUAUAUUCCUAUUCAAGAUAGAGUUGAUCAAGAAAAUUUUCAACCGCCACAAAGUUUUGGACAGGCAUUUUGGGAUACAUUCAUGCAAAAAAACAGGGGACAGUGUAGAGCAUCUUCUGUCCAGAAUUGAGAUGUGCCCAAAGGCAUUCCAUGAUAUGGAAACUAAGGCUCAUAAGACAUUUCAGUCCCUCGUCAAAAACCACGAAACGGGAAAUACCAGUGAGGUUGGUCAUCUUUACAUGCCUUCACCAGACGAUGCUGGUCAUGGCACUAGCCAUCAAGACAUCACCAAUUUAUCAGACAGGUCAACUCUUCCAGAAAUCAAACCGAGUCUCCCUCCCUUGCGUAUGCCUAAUGCUGAGUUUGAGGUCAAAGCAGAAGGACUAAAAAUGGAAGCACUGAUGAAUCCUAGAGUUAAGCUUACUAUUGAUGUACAACAAGGUGUCUUUAUAGUAACAAGGCUAAAAGAACCUAAGGAGUCAACUUCUUAUCAGCAAAACAAAAUCGUGCAGCUGAUCAAAUCAAGAGAAAACCCUACACGCUUAGCUAUGCGAUUUAAUAACAACAAAAAACGAGAAUACAGUUUUGAAACAGCAAAGGAGAGGGAGAAAUUUUGUUUGCUGAUACAAACGAUGAAAAACAUGCAUUCACAUAGCGAGGAAGUGGACCAAAUUUCGUUGUUUAUUGGAACGUACAAUAUGGGUGAUGCUGUACCUACAGCCAAGUUAGACACCUGGCUAACAUCACAAGGCAUUGGCAAGACGCGUCCUGUUGAGAUGUCCAUGAUGCCCCACGAUCUCUAUGUGAUUGGGACACAAGAAAGCACACUGAGUGAGAAGGACUGGGUGAAAAGACUCAAGGCAACAAUCUCAAGAAAUACUUCUAUGAAGGAUGAAUACAUCGUGCUGACUCUGAUUUCAUUAUGGGGGAUUCGAAUGGCAGUCCUGGUUAAACCUGAACACGCUAAUUGUAUAACACACGUCAGAGAAUCAUCGGUCAAAACAGGCAUUGCCAACACGCUUGGUAACAAAGGAGCAGUUGGAGUAUCAUUCUAUUUCAAUGGAACAUCGUUUUGUUUCAUCAACUGCCACUUGACAUCUGGCACAGAAAAGUGUUUACGGCGGAACCAUAACUACCAUGACAUUUUGCGUGGUCUGGCGGUUGGGGACAAAGGACUGAGCAUGUUUGACCUCAACACUAGGUUCCAUCAUGUGUUCUGGUUUGGCGAUCUCAAUUACAGACUUGACCGUGAUGUCCAGGAGAUCUUAGUUCAAAUUAAGUCGAAGAAUUAUCAAACUCUUCUGAGCUAUGACCAACUAAAGGAGGAACGAGAGAAGUUGAAUGUCUUCAUUGAUUUUGAGGAAGAAGAAAUUACAUUCCCACCAACCUACCGUUAUGAGAUUGGAAACAGAAAAACAUAUGCAUAUAAGAAAAUCAAGAAAACAGGGGUUCGCAUCAACCAGCCGUCUUGGUGUGAUCGAGUUCUGUGGAAGUCCUACCCAGAUACACACAUUAACAACACAUCCUAUGGUUGUACAACAGACAUUGUGUCUAGUGACCAUUCACCAGUGUUUGCAUCUUUCUCUGUUGGUAUUGAGUCCAUGACAAUCCCAUCAAAAGAUCACGGCAAUGAUGAAGAAGUCGUCCAGAUAAUCUUCACUCAGAUGGAUGCAGACAUCCAAACAAGUAGCAAUGGAAAAUUCUAUGUUGAAAUUUUCUCAAGUUGUCUUGCUGAACGUAGUGUUAAAGGUCGAAAAAGCGAUAUAUGUUAUAACAAAAAUUUUAACCUGGUGUCGACGGCAUGGUCUGCCGACGACUUUCCAAAGUUAAAGCCAAUCGUCUCCAACUUUCACUACUUAGAGGAGCAGCAUAUGUUGAUAACUAUAAAGAACUCAGACAGCGAUGAGUCUUAUGGGGAGUUUGUGGUUGCGCUGAAAAACAAGUUAAGUACAGAACCAGUGGGAUUUAAGGCAAAUUUAACACAUAAUGGAUUACGGACUGGAAGUGUCAGUGGGAAGAUGCAUGUAAAAGCUAGGGAUGAAAGUGCAUAUGGUGCAUGUGUGAAACCAAGAACUUAUGACUUGGUGAAAUUUGAUGACCGGUCAGACACAACUAGUUCCGUGGACUCUCAUGACAUUCUAUCAGAUAACAAUCCAUUUACAAGCAAUAAAAAUAAAAGGCCAGGUUUGGUUAGAAUCAUUGAUUGGAAUAACAGACCUCAGCUCCCUGAACCAACAUCAGAAACUCCUACCCUGCAACUGCCUCAUAGACGGAUUGAUUUAUCACAUCAGCUUUCAAACUCAUCAACAGCUACAACUCCAGAUAGCGAUUCUAGUUUGUUUCCACUGCAUCGUUGUGGACACUACCCACCAGUACAUCAAAAUGAAACACUUAUGCAAGAAAAGCUGGCUGGCUCCGAUGGGACAGGAGAGGACAACCUAGCUUUUGAUUCCGGGAACUUGGAAGAAGAUUUAUUGAAUCCACCAAUCCUGCCUCCACGAAAUAAUUUCGGCCAGGUAGACAACUUAACGUUUCUCAAUGGAAGCUUAUCUUCAAACUGUUCAACAAGAAGUGAGAUAAAACCCCCGGUAAACAAUCCACCUGCCCUCCCGCCACGUCCGUCUACUCUCGAUAAAUCUGAAAAAUUCAACCAAAAGCCAAGAAAUCCAGUGGGAAAAUCUAAAUCAGAUGUGUCAUCAGAGGCACCACCGGUGCCUGCUAGAAGAAAACAACAGGAAACAGGUAACGAGGAUGAGAGUGCCCCAAGACCGAAUCAAAGAAUCCAACGGGAAUCAAAGGUUAGACAAAUACGCGAAUUCUAUGAAAGCAACAAGCUCAAGAGAUACCAAUCUGUGUCAAGCUCCUCGGCACUAGUACCCCCCACAAGCAUUUCACUACAAUAUAAUUGGAAAGAUCCACGAUACAAGCCUAAAAGCAAGAAUUCGAAGCUUCCAAUUUGUGAAGACCAACCACCUCCCUUACCUUUAAAAGGAAUGACCCAUUUAACAGAUGAUUUAGAGGAUUAUGAUUCCUUAAGAAAACCGGAAUCCAUCUCGGAAUGGCUUGGAAUGCUGGAUUUACCACAGUACAGUCAGGAUUUGAUUCUCAACGGUUGGGAUAGCAUCGAAUUUCUCAAUACGCUAACGGACAAUGAUUUGACUAUGGCGGGCAUUACUAACGUAUCUCAUCGUGAACGUUUGUUGAUGAGUAUUGUAUCUAUGUCUCUUGGAAAAUAACCUCCUCAUUCCAUUUUUAAUUUCUCAUUUGUUUUGUACAUCGUCUGUUUCACGGUGACGCAGUGGCAUAUCUACGGGAGUUUGGGCCGCAGGUGCUCCUUUGCCCUCCCCCACCGAUUAAAUUAAAAUUAUAUUUAAAAAAAUUUCUCUAUUUUGCAGGCUAAUACCCCCUCACUUAAUCAACAAACCCCACUUACCCUUUGCAUCCUCAUCAGGCGAUACCCCAAUCCCAUAUGGCAUUAUUCCUAGAUAUUAUGCCACUCUCAUGAAGUCCAUCAGUAAUUAUGUAAUUAAAUAAUAAUGUCAUACAGGAUAAGACAAGUUUUAAUUGCUGCUUCUUGAAUAACCCUCGCAUGAGUGUUGGGUGGGGAAUAGGGACAAUACAUCCGUUAUAUGUCAGUACCAGCCAGCCAAAAUAUUUUGAAUUGGACAAAAAUUGAAAAUCCAUACUUUUUUUAUCAAGAAUUUAUUAUGUUCCUCAAAUAGAUUGCUGCAUAAGAAAUGUAUAGGCCUAUGUAAUAUAAUUCUAAACUACUGUAUAAAGUAGCAUUUCAGUUCAUCCCAAAUAACGUGAACAAUCUUAUAAGCAUCGCACCAAACAACGUGCCUCAGUGUUUUCUGUUAUCAACAAACCAUUAGUCAACAUAUUUCUCACCAAAUUAAAAAAAUACUCAUAUUGCACAUGAUGUAUCCAUAUUUAACACUCCAAAAAUUUGAAAUGAGUGCUGCCCUCGAAUUAGCACCUCACUAAUGCAUCCAAAAUUGUUAUAAGCGCUGCACGACAAUUUGGAUUUGGUGCGUUUAAAACCAUUGCUUUUGAUCUGAUUUUUUGUCUCUUCUGUCCUGUUUUCCUAUGUUUUUGCUGUCUGACACUUUGGUCACUUUCUGUGCUUGGAUCUUAUUAAAAUUUUGUCCAAGCAAAGACCAUAUAUCAAAGAUGUUGUUUUCUUUUAUGGAGGCGUUUAUUCCAAAUGAGCCUCUAGUUGGGGACAUUUAUUCAAAGCGGGGUGUGUUUUUUAAAAUAAAUAUAAUGUAUGACUUUGUUUUUACUUUCUAAUUUCAUCAUCAGCCCUAUGCUCUGUUUUACAAACAGACAUAGUAAGUCUAGUAAUUUUAUUCUUGAUAUGCUCAGCACAAAUACACACGCUUUCACUGUGGUUCAUCUUUAAUGAAAAGAACUAAUACUGAAUUAUUGUUCAAUAAAUAUUAUUUAAUAGAAUGUGUAAAUUUUUAUUGCAUUUAUUUGCCAGUUGGUAACUGAAAUUAAUUUAAUGGCAUAUAUAAAGUUCAGUUCUAUCUGGCCUGCAAACUUAUUUAGGUUUAACCUCCUUCGUAUUGUCUUUAGCUUUCCACAUCUCCCUUCACAGUUUAUGUAUGUAGCAGUUUUUUCCAUUUAUGUUAUCGCUGCUAAUUUUGCUGGUAUUUAUAUUUAAUAUUCCGUUAUCAGUAGUGGUGCCAGAGAUUCACUAAGAGGUCAAAGGACGCAAUCAGGGGGUUCAUACCCACCUCAGCCCCAUAUAUGCCUCUAUAGAUUCCCACAAAAGGCGCCCUCUGAUUGUGAAACCACUUUUUAAAAUGGCGUUCAACAUAAUGACUGACCUCUUCCUUGACGAAUGUCCUGUGUCCCCUGACCCUUGUUGGCGCUGCCACUGGUUGUUACACAUCCAUGCUUGUAGCAAAUGUGAUUGUGUUUAUGCCUUCAAAUUUGUAGCGAGUCUUAAGCCAGGCACUCGCUGCGUUGUAUGACUGUCGCACAAAGAAUCCAGCUCUGCUUCCAGAGAGCGAUAGACAACACAAAGCCGUCUGCCGAUUGUCAGUCUGAACGGAUCCUCAUUAAAAAAGUAAUCCAUUGGGUCCGUGCUUUCGUCGUCGGAUCACCGUGGCCCGCAGCGAGUACCCGGCUUUACACAAUAUACAUUUUGUAGCAUGUUUAUACGGUGUGUGGAAUUUGGCCAAAUUUCUAAAGUUGUACAUGCAUAUUUUUGUAUUUUUUUUUAAGCUUUCUACUAUAUUAUUAAAAAUGUUUAGUCACAUCAUGUAUACUCGUUGCAGCCGUAUACUGUAUUUGUAAAUCUUAUCAAGUUGUCCAUCGACUAAUUCAGAUAUACUCCGAAUUUGUAGCUAGAAUCUAGAUUAUCCUAGCAGUCAAAGGGGGCGGAGCAGGGGAACCUGUAGGAAAGCACCCAGGUCUGCCACUGGUAUGGGACAAAUAGCCUACAUAUUAUAUACAAUUUUCACUGUAUAUCAGGUAAAUGGAAUUAUGUACAAUACAGUAUGUUGUUUUAUACAGGCUUGAAUGAAAAAAAAAAUGAUGAAUCAAACACAAUUGGAGAUGUGGUUUUAUUUGCCCUUUGUUUAUUUGCUCUUUGUCAUCAAUUUAAAUUAUAUGCAUUCAAUUCCUGUUCUUAAAUUAUAUAGAAAUUAAGCAAGGUGCAACUUGUAUGUGGUGUAUUUUCAUAAAAUUUCAAGUGCCUCAUAAUUAGAGUUUGAAGUAAUUUGUUCUACAUAUUAAGUAUGAUUAAACAUUUUAAUUACUAGUUAGGAUCAUCCAGAAAACAGUUGCAAAAUAAAUUUUAGCAUGAAAAUAUGCAAAUUACGGGAUUCUCAAAUGCCCUCUGCUAUUGUGUACUUAAUGCUAUAUUAGUCAUCUCAAAAUAAUUGUACUUAUAAACUUUAUGAUCGCCAUCAGUAUACUACACCAAACACAUUUUGUACGUAGGAAUUAAUCAUUGGCUUUAAAAUAUUUUAUCAACAUUCGUAUUAAAUCAUUGUGACAAAAUGAAUUUAAAAAGUUUAUUAUAUUUGCCAUGUAAAUACGACUGUACUUUAGAAUGUAAAACAUGACUACACAACUUGUGGUUUCAUUUAAUUUUGCAAGCUUUAACAGUUUAUAAAAAUCCUUUUUUAAUACCCUGGAGAUUACAUAUUAUUAUAUAAAAAGUAUUGUAUAAAGAUUUUUUGUUACUGUAUGUAUCUUAAAUAAAUGCGAACAAUUUCUUAA